ACCACCCACAACUGCUUCAGCCUAUAAAUACUGUAAGAGUGAGACCUUCAGUUAGAUAACGCUCACUGUACGACAGGAAGCAAACUGAAUCUUGGAAACAAAAUAAUGAGAGUCCAACUCGCAACCUUUAUUGUCGCAACAGUCUUUUAUGACUGCAAAUUCCUUGCCCUCAGAACAAGAAAGGGCGCCUGACUACCCAAAUUUUUUACAGGAAUGGGUGAGUGAAGAAAAUGAAGAUUACCAUAACACCUUUGCUGGCGAGCAGGUGGAUAAUAAUUACGGCGACGGUCUCCAAACUCAGUACAUCCUUCCUGUUGAAUCUCUGGAGGUCGGCCAGAGUAUCACAGUAGUCUUCAGGAACCCUGACUCCGGU